GGGCGAGCCGGGGCGGGGGGUGUCUGGGGAGCCUCAGGCAGUGGUGACAGCUCAGCAGCCAGGGCCCUCUCUGCCCCGCCUCAUGCUGGCGGGGGCUGCGCCAGGCGCCCCGAGAUGAAGCGAGCCGGGGCGCUGCGGCAGGUCUCCGACUUCAGCGACUUUGUCAGCGGCCGGCGCCUGCGGGAGCUGCUGAGCCAGCAUGGGCCGGGCCUGGCGACCCCCCACGUCCAGACCAGCCCAGAUGGGCAGCACCUCCUGCUGCUCCUGCGUGGUCGGCCGGCGCUCCAGCCGCAGGUGAUCGCCUUCCAGCGCCUGGGCACCGGGGCGGGGGACCUGGAGAGGAGCUGGCAGCCGCCCCAGCCCCCCAUCACGGAACUGCUCUUCCUGCAGAGCCCCGCAGCGCGGACCUCCUGGGUGCUGGCCGUCGUCUGGGAGCAGGGCAGGACCGAGGUGUGGGGGUUCGUGACAGCGCUGGGCUGGCAGCUGCAGCAGACCCUGGAGUUGUGCCAUGGGGCCCGGGCUCGGAUUGUUUCCAUCUGCAGCCAGGGAGGCAGUCUGGUCUGGUGCGAGGAGAGGCCCCCCUCGGACGCUCAUCUGGACCCAGGCAGGGGGGCCUUCGGGUACUGCAUCUGCACCAGGGCUCUGGAGCUGGGGGAGCAGGGGGCACACCUGGGCGCCAUGAGGAUAGUGGUGCACAACAGCCCCCAGUACCAAGUCCUGGCCUCACCCCAGCAUGUCUUCCUGGUGCCCACCGGUGCCACCUUUGCCAGCGUCUCCACGUUCCUGCUCAUCUGGUGCCCUCGGGAGGCUAAAGUCACCAUUGUGGCCCCGUCUGGCGGGAUCGUCCACAGCAAAGUCCUGCACUCCAGUGACUUCAAGAAGCUCGUGUUUGGGUCCGUGGGUCUCCUGUUGUCCAUAGCGCCUCUGGACAUUCAUACCUGUGCCCUGUCCAGCUGCGGGGGGCUCCUGCUGCUCAGCACACGAGGCACGGUGCGUCUGGUUCAGCCAGACGGGACCUGGAGACAGGUCUAUGAUCUGGGGGGCAGCUGCCUGGCCCAAGGAGACCCCGUGCAGCUGAAGGCCUUUGGCAGCACCCUGGCCUGCGUGCUGGCGGGGGUCUUGUAUCUCAUUGACCUGACCAGUGGGAGGCUGAUUGAGAAAAGACUCCUGAGCACCAAAGAGGUGCAUUUCCUGGAGUCCCCGAGAGGGGCGGAGGAGAUCCAGCUCCUCACCCCGGCCGGCAUCUAUCACUUCAGCUUCUCCAGCCCGGAGGAGGGCGGCAGGCCCGAGCCCGCCCUGGUGGAGAUGGUCUUCGAGGAAGCCUGCAAGUACUACCAGAGGCGGAGCCUCAGCAGCUCCCAGCUGACGGUGGAGAAGCUGAAGAAGGGGGACAUGUUCCAGGCACCCAUUGCGCUCUCCUCCAUCCUGCAGCACAGCCUCCCCGAUAAGGAGAGGGCAGCCAGGGCCCUCCCGGAGACCUACGCCAAGCUGCUGAGCACGAUGAGCAUGGAUCUCCAGAGCUACCUGAGCCUGGAGCUGCUCAAGUCCUGCGUCGUGGGCGCUUCGGAGAGCGAAGUCGACAGGUGCUGCGAGGAGCUGGUGGAGCAGGAGGUCAGCCGCCUCCUACACUUGGACUUGGACAGGGAGAACCUGGCCUAUCUGAACGCUGUCUUCAGCUCCUUCCCCAGGGCCUCCUGGAAAGCCAUCCGGGGCAGCCUGCAGCUGCAGCAGAAUGGAGACGGGCUCCUGGUGGCCAGGGCCACCCCAGACAUCUGGAAGAAGGUCUUGGGGGGGCCAGUCCCUAACUGGUCCCAGCAGGAGGAGCGGGGCGUCAAUGGGGCGGUCCCGCUCUUCGAGCUCAUCUGCGGCUCCCUGCACAGGUUCAAACCCAAGUGGCUGCCCAGCUUUGUGGAGCUGACCCAGCAGUACCUUGGCACCUCCUGGACAUACAGCACCAAGGAGGGCCCCGAGGGCGGGGUGCCCCUCUACAGGAGAGCGCUGGCCGUUCUCGACCGGACGCGCCACCGCACGGCCACCGACCGCGAGAUGGAGAUCGAGCUGCUGCUGUGUAGUGCGCGGCCCAAGGCCGUCCUGCAAGCCGUGCAGCUGCUCGUCCGCCUCCGCAGGUGGCAGCGGGUGGUGGAGGCGGCCGAGAAAUUUUCCAAGCUCAGCCCGCUGCUCACCAAGGAGAUCUUCUCCACCCUCCUGGCGCAGUUCGCCCAGCACCGGGACCUGGACCCGUACCUGGCCACCCUGUGGGAGCUGUGCCCCGCAGACUUGACCGUCUCGGACGUUCUCAGCAUCGUCCUGCAGCACCUCCCCCGCUCGGAGGGCGACCCGGCUCCCUUCUCCGCCGGGGGCGCCCCGCUGACCCUGGCCUUGCUGAAGCCGCUGUUGCACAAAGUGGCGCAGCAUCAGUGCACUCAGGACGAUCUUUAUGCUGACAUCUUGCAGGGCCUUCCGUUCCCGCCGCCCGCCCCGCCGAGACAGCACAGGGCUGGCCCCAAGGCCGCCCCAGAAACACCGCCGCAGACGGGAGCGUGCAGGACUCCUUGCCCGGGCUGUGACCCGAGCGAUGCUGUAUGAACAGCCGUGUGGACGGAAUGGGAGUGACAACCUAGCGAGCGUGGGUAGGGGAUGCCCCCUGCAACAGCUGGGGUGGGGCAGCAGACGCCAGCUUCCCCCCAUUUCCAGAGGCAGAGACCAACUCUAGUUAAACCUUCCUGCCUCAAACAGACUCCCAAGAGGUUGCACCGUUCAUGAGUCCAUGGGGUGAGAGGGGCGGCCCAGGCAAGACCUGGGGGAGGAUCACUGGGGUGUCUGUGGGGUUUUUACAGCUGAGGCAGUUUCUCCAGAGAAGGAGUGUGAGAGAGAGGGAGAGCUCUGACUGCAUGCGAGAGCCCCCCUCCUGGCCUACAGCACCCCUUUGAGUUAAACGCUGGCUUCCUGCCCUCUACCAAUGGAGCGUGGGGGAUAAAGUACAAGGUCUUAACCCAAAUUCCCAUUUCACUUCAUUUGUUUUUGAAAGUCCCCUGCUGUAACUUGCCCACGGCCAGGCUGUUUAGGAGCAGGCAUGCCCCUUGGCAGCACGGGAUCACUGGUGAAUGAACCCGCUCACGUGGGCACUGCUGGCCUGGACCCAGUCUCUAAAACCUCCCCACUGCGGCUGUUUCUGCUCCUGAGCUCCUGGCUGGCUGGUCCCCGGGACCGCUGCCUGGGCUCAGGCCGGAGGUGCCCUUGCCAGCGGCAACCCCGUCCGUUCAUGGCCUUGCUAGUGUCUCUCCCCCCCGGGGGAUCAGCUCAUCAGCUGCCCUGAGUGGUGAACGGCCGAUUUCCUAAUGAAACCACAGAGCGGCCGCAAGCUCAGGCCUGGGGCCGGCAGCUGUGCCUGGCUGCCCCUUGCCUGCGGCGAGGCCCCGCCUGCCCUAGCAGCGCCGGCUGGUGUCUGUAAGUGCAGGAGGCAAACUUAGACCCGGCCUCUCCUUUCCUGUUCCUGGCCCUGGGCUCUAACCUCCUCUCAGCCUUCCAAGAAACGCGGGGUGCUGUGUCAGCCUUGGCUGGCCCUUCCCCGGCCUUCCCCCCCGGCUGAGUCAGGGCCACCGGGGACCCGCUCGCCCCCUCUCCUGCCCAGGUCCCGUCUCUCCUGGGGGGACGCCAGACGCUGGUCGGCUCCCUGUGUGAAUGCAGCCACUCGGGGCAGGGCUUGCUUGGCUGGGAUUGGAAUGGGAGACCCGGCCACGCUCACAGCCCCUGCCUGGUUUGCUCCUCCCAAGGGGGUUUUGUUUUUUAAAUGGGCGAGGGAACAUUUUAAAGAAACCUAAACUGCCCGUGAAGGGUCCUGGGGCAGCGCUGGGUUUAAGGGCGGCUGAGCGCGGCCGUGCAUCUAUUUCAAUGGGAAGAGGGGGCCAGGCUGUCCGGGUGCUGAGCCCCCGUGGCUCCCACGAACUCUGGCUGGAGUUGGCUGCGCUCUCAGCCCUGCUGACUGUCUGCAGGGGGGAGGCUGCAUGGGCUGGGAGCACACGCAAGGGUUUGUGUGGGUCAGCGUGAGUUGGGAGCUGCCGGCCAGCUGGUUUCUGGAGGAGGGAGGCAUAGGGAACUGGUCGGAUCUAACGCCUCCAGCCCAGAUCCCCACGGGUGGCGCUGUCCGCGCUCUGGGCCCCACAGGCAAUCGCUGGCCGCUCGUCAGGCGCUAGCCCUUGGCCCGGGAGGAACUUUUCCGAGGGCUCCAUGUGUCACACCAGCAGGCACGAGGAGAGCUCUGGCUGGUGCUUCAGCCACUGUCUCUCCCACCCCCAGGGCCCAGCUGCAGUGGGUCAGGGCAGGCAGGGCGCCCGGGGGGCAGAGCAGAGUGUGUGCUGCAUCAGCCGCUCCCUCUCCUCCUCGCUCACCCCACUGCCCUCCCAUGCCUUCCUCUGGGCACAGGGCCCCACUCCUGGGGGGGAGCCCCUCCCUUCCAGCAAGGCCUCGCUAAUUAGCAGGGCAGGGAGGAGAGCCCCCAGAGCUCCUGCCACCCAACAGCCAGAAAUGGUGGUGACUCGACAAAGGCUCUGAGCCUCCUCCCCCUUCCACUGGGGCAUGGGGGUUGCUGCAGCCAGCCCAGCCCCAGAGGGAGGCGGGAGGUCACGCUGGCGGGAUGCAAUCAGCUGGGCUCCCUUGAGUUGCUGGGUCUAAGGGGCAGCCCCUGCAGGCAGUCAGCUGUGCUCAGGCAUUGGGCAUAGGUCCGGGGGAGGGGAGGUGUCUUCUGGAGUGACUGCCCGUCCCCUCUGUGCCUGGGUCUAGAGCAGAGCCCAGCUGUCGGGCAGCCCCCUAAGCUGUGAAGCUGCCUGGUCCCUGUUCCCAUCUGCGUCAAAGAUCAGGAGUGGGAGGUGGGUGCUUUGGGGAUUGUCUACACCAGAGCCCUUCACCUUGACUUACCUGAUCCCAUGGGUGAGCUACCCUGGCUGGCCUGGCGCCAGGUUAACUCGAGGGCUCAAGCCUUAGUGUAGACAGCUCUCGGGGGCUGAGGCAGUGCAGUGACUGGCAGCUGGGUGACUUCCAAAACAGAGAGGAGCUGUACCUGCCUAGCCCCUUCUGCCCCAAUUACUGUGUCUUACACCCCAGUCUCUCUGAAGCACGAAGGGGCUUUGCUACCUUGAGCAGCUGCUGGGCCUGCGAAUGCAGCUGCUCCUUAAAACAGCAGCUUCACUUGUCCAAGGGGUGGGGGGUCGGGGAAGGGGCUGCUCCUGGGACCAGCUCAGCUCCCUGCCUACCCAGCUGCAGGUACCUUGGUGGCCAGCAGGCCCUGUGCCAGCUUGCCCUCCCUCCGCUAGUUUUCCAGUGAGUGUCAUUAACCAGCUGGCGUAGAACAUCUCACACCGGCAAGAGAAAAGAGUUUGAGGCCGAGUUGGGCGGCUCUUUGUUUGCACAAGGAAGGAGUCUUUAGGCCGUAGUUGGCUUUGCAUGCCACUGUCCAGUUGCUCUUGUCCUAUAUGCAAUAUUAAAAGGUGUUUAACGAGUGACA